AUGCUAAUAUUUUAUAUUAUAUUUUUGAUUAAUUACGUUAAUGCUGAUGGAUAUGAUUGUAUUCCAAAAGGAUAUGAUUUUAAAGAUGGAUUUGAAGAUAGAAGUGGGGAGGCUAAUUCCAAAUGUACGACACUGGGAGGUUACAAUGGUUGUUCAUAUCAUCUUACUAAAGACUUCAGUUAUUCUUUAAAUAAUAUUAUGGAAUGUGAAAACACAGAAUUCAAUGGUACAUUCAUAAUGAAAAGUUUAAGUAAUUACUGGAAUGCAAAUACUUUUAAGAUUCUAGAUAAUUCUAACAUUACUUUAAAUGGACAUUUUCAUACACAAAAAGAAUUUAACAUUGGAACAAAUUCUACAGUAGUUUGGAAUGGGUGUGUUUCAUUUAAACAUUCAAUUACAUUUGAAACAACACCAACAUUAAAUCAACCUCAAAUAAUUAUUUGGAAAAGUGAUUGGAUUCAUCUUUAUAAACCAGCUGGGUCACAAAUAAGUAAAUUUGAAGUUAAUAAUCCAAUUAAUAAUAAACAAUGUUUUGAUGUGAUGUCAUUUAAUAAUAAUGCUGCACUUGACUUUGAUAAAAAAUCAUUUGACCAUUAUUUACCAAAAGAUUUUAAGAAUGGACUUGAUAUGUCAGAUGGUAAAGCAUAUUUAAUAUCAAACAAUAGAUUAAUGAGAUUUUGUCCAAAAGAAAGUAAUUUAAUAGAUAAAAAUGUUACUUGUACAAUGAAUGGUAAUAGUUAUGAAUUAUCGUAUUCAGGAAGUGGUAGUAAACCAUUCAAUUAUCCACAUUGUCCAUGUGAUGAUAAUGGUGAAACUGAAUGUAUUCUUAAUAUUCAACAAAAUUUAAACACAGUAGAUUUUAAUAAUAAUAUUAUUAAAUAUACAACUCUUAAUAUUGAUCAUGAUAUUACAUUACAUAACUUUAGUUCAGCUAAACAAAUUAAUGUUAAUGAUGAUAUUACAUUAUUAAUAGCACCUGUUUCAUCAAUCAAAGAGUAUACUCAAAAGAUACAAUUUAAUAACUUUGAAAUUACAAAUAAUAGAGAAAAGAAUAAUAACUCAAAAUUCAAAUACAAUUCAAAUACAAAUAUAUUGGAAAUAAAUGGAAAUAAUGAACUAAAACAUUCAUCAAAUCCAACAAAUAAACCAUUAACUUUAAUUAUAAAUGGUACUCUCACAUGUAAUUCUUUUGUUAAUAAUUCUGUUUAUUAUUUCACUAAUUCUUCUACAUCAACACCAUUAAUAAAUAUUAAUAAUAAUGGUAAUAAUAAUAUAAUGAUAUUUGAUGAAACAGUAAGAUUAAAUGGUCAAUUAUCAAAUUGUAUUGUUUUAACUGGUAAAUCAAAUGAAAAAUUUAAAUGUAUCCAAUGUAAAAAAGGAUAUUAUUUAAAUUCAAAACAAGAAUGUCAAUAUGAAUCACAUUGUAUUAAAAUAAAUGACCAAAGUCAUUGUAUUGAAUGUAAGUGUGGAUAUUAUCUUAAUUUAAAUACAAAAACAUGUGAAGAAUUCAAAAAUGGAUGUAAAAUUGGAAAUGAAACAUAUUGUUAUCAAUGUAAAGAAGGAUAUAUUAAAGAAAAUGGAGAAUGUAAAGAAAAUGAUAAUAAAUGUAAUAAAUCAGAAAGAAAUUAUUGUUUAAAAUGUUUAAAUGGAUAUAAAAUAGAAAAUAAUCAAUGUAAUGGAGAUAAUGAUGAUCAAUGUUAUUAUGAAGGAAAUAAAUGUGUAUCAUGUUCAAAUAAAUAUACAUUAAACAAUGAAAAAUGUUCAAAUAAAGAAAAGAAUCAAAAUGGAAAGAAUGAAGAAAUAUAUUGUGAAAAUGGAAAAUACAUCAAUAAUAAUAAAUGUAUAGAAUGUUCAAAAUCAGAAAUAUGUCAAACAAAUGAUAUUGAAAUAAAAUGUAAAUAUGAAGAAUAUUUAGAUAAUAAUAAAUGUAUAAAUAAAACAUGUGAAGAAGAUAUAAUAAAAGAUCAAAAUGGAAAAUGUAAUAAUAAUAUUGAAUAUUGUUUAAAUAAAUCAUAUGUUAAUGGAAAAUGUGUUGAAUGUUCAAAUGGAUAUUCACCUAAUUUGAACGGAGAAUGUAUUAAUACAAAAAUAGAAUAUUGUGAAGAACAAAAUGGAUAUGGAUGUAAAAGAUGUAAAGAAGGAUAUUAUUUAACAAAAGACAUGAAAUGUUUAAAAUGUGAUGAUAAAUGUGAAACAUGUUAUGGAACAUCUACAUAUUGUAUGAGUUGUUCUAAUGAUAAAUAUUUAAGAAAUGAUAAAACAUGUCAAUCAAAUGAAGAAUUAAAUGGAACAUGUUUACAAUUAUUGCAAGAUGGAAGUGGAUGUGGAAUAUGUAAGAAUGGAUAUUAUAGAAAUGGAAAAGGAUGUUCAAAAUGUGAAAAAGAAUGUUUAACAUGUAAUCAAAAAGAUAAAUGUAUAAUAUGUGGAGAAGGAUAUUUUAUGAGUUCAACAGGAAUAUGUAAAUUAACAACAACAAUUAAAGGAUGUAAAGGAGAAAUAGAUAAAGAAUAUGGAUGUAGAGAAUGUUUAACAGGAUAUUAUUUAAUAAAUAAAGAAUGUUCAAAAUGUGGAAAACAAUGUAUAACAUGUUUAAAUGAGAAAGAAUGUAAUAAAUGUGAAGAUGAAUAUAUAAUAAUAAAUAAAGAAUGUAUUCAUUAUUCAAAUAUUAAUAAAUGUAAAGAAACAAAAAAUAAUAAAUGUUCAAAAUGUUCAUUUUGGUAUGGAAUCAAUGAAGAAGGAACAAAAUGUAAUAAAGAAAUCGUAUGGUGGAUGAUAAUGAUAAUUAUCAUCAUUAUACUUAUUAUCAUCAUUAUAAUAAUUAUAAUUAUAAUAAUAAUGAUUAAUUACAUUAUAAAACGUAAAGAAAAGAAAGAACAAGAGAAAACAACAACAAUAUUUAAAAUUUCACAAUCAAAUAUCAAAUUUAUAUCACUUGGAGAUGGAAUCAUAACAAAUAAAAAAGAAAUAGAAAUAGGAGAAGGAGAAGAAAUUGAAGUAAAUAAAGAAAUUAGAGAAAUAAUAUGUAUUGGAAAUGAAAAUAAAGAAAAAAAGAAAAUACAAAUAAGUAGUAAAGAAGAAAAUGAAAAAUAUUCAAUUAGAAUCAAACCAAAUAUUAUUACAAUUGAAGGAGGAUAUGCAUGUGAAUUUGAAAUAUUCAUUACAAUCAAAUGUACUACUAAAAUUAAAGAACAAAUGAUGAUAAUUAGUAAAACACUUAAUAAAACACAAGAAGAAAUAAUUAAAAGUAUUUCAAUUAAAGGAGAAACACAAAUAUCAACACGACUUGAUCCAGAUGAAAUAAAAGAAGAAAAGAAAAUAGGAGAAGGAUCAUUUGGAAUUGUAUAUAUAGGAGAAUUUAGAGGGAAUCAAGUAGCAAUUAAGAAAAUGAAACAAAUUGAAGAAAGUGAAGAUAAAAUGAAAGAAUUUGAGAAAGAAGUAAUGAUGUUAGAUAAAUUUCGAAGUGAAUAUAUUAUUCAUUUUUAUGGAGCAGUAUUUAUUCCUAAUAAAAUAUGUAUGAUAACAGAAUAUGCAAAAUAUGGAUCAAUACAAGAUUUAAUUAAUAAAAGAACAAACACGGAAAUACCAAAUAAAAUAAGAAUUAAAUUCAUGAUAGAUGGAGCAAAAGGAAUUUCAUAUCUUCAUUCAAAUGGAAUACUACAUCGAGAUAUUAAACCAGAUAAUUUUCUUGUUGUAUCAAUUGAUGAUAAUAUUGGAGUUAAUUGUAAAUUAACAGAUUUUGGAAGUUCAAGAAACAUCAAUAUGAUGAUGACAAAUAUGACAUUUACAAAAGGAAUAGGAACACCAAAAUACAUGGCACCAGAAGUACUUAAUCGAGAACAUUAUAAAAUGGCAUCAGAUAUAUAUUCAUAUUCAAUAACAAUGUUACAAAUCAUUACAUGGGAAGAUCCAUUUCCUAAAACAUUAUAUCCACAUCCAUGGGAUAUUGCAGAUACGAUCACAACAGGUAAACGACCAACAAUAAUACAAGAAGUUAAAGAAGAUAUUAAAGAAAUUAUUGAAAAAACAUGGAAACAAGAACCGAAAGAAAGAAUAAGAAUAGAAGAAGUAGUAAAAAUGUUAGAAAUAAUUGAAAAUAAAGAAUGA